AUGCGUUUGGGUGGCGAGUGCUUGGCAGCAGAAGAUGUCAACAACUCUACAAAAGUGGGCUGGAAGUGUCAGCACGGUCACAUGUGGCAGGCAAGACCUAGUGAUGUUCUGAACAAGAACUCUUGGUGUCCCCAUUGCAGGAAAAUCGGUCUACCACGCCUCCAGGUCCAUGCUGCUACACUCGGUGGAAGGUGCUUGGCCAAGUCGUACAAGCAUAGUCGUGACAAGCUUUGGUGGGAAUGCGAGCUGGGACACAGGUGGGAAGCCUCUGCCAGCAACGUGCUGCAUGGCAAGACGUGGUGCCCACAGUGUGCAGCCAGCAUCUGGCGGACGGAGGCGGACAUCCGCAGCAUCCUGGAGACCAUCUUCCAUCCGGCUGAUUUCCCAUCUUGUUACCCUCCUUUCCUGAAAGGCUUGCAGUUGGAUGGGUACUGCCUUGACUUGCAGUUAGCCUUCGAGUACCAGGGCGAACAGCACUACGAUCCCGAGAACUAUUUCCACUUCGGUGAUCCUUCCAACUUCCACGCCCAGCAGGAUAGGGAUGCUAGGAAGGUCGAGCUUUGCAAGCAUGCCGGGGUGCGACUCUUGAUCAUCCCAUGUUUCGUGAACGACAAGAGGACCUUUGUCCUGACAGCCUUGCUGCAGUGGUUCACCUGGGCUCAAAUCGCACAGCCGGAGCUGCCCGGCUGA